AUGUCGACAGCUGUAGCUCCAGCAAUAAUGGCUGCGCUCCCACCCCUUGACCGAAAUCCGAGCCCAAGAGCAUAUCCACCAUUAGCUCCUUCGAGUAACUCGACCCCUAAGGACAGAAAUUCAGAUAUGGCCAUGACCUCGGAAAUGAGUGGUGGCAUGAAUUCAAGUGAAAGGACACCUUCAGAUGGGAAAAGGUCCCCUAGGUCUAGGAGCAACGGAAAUCCCAAGAUCAUCGUCAAGAAAGAGCCACCAACAUCUCCCUCGCUCCAGGCGAGUACUCGUCACCGUCCAAAGAAGUUGGAUUUGAAUACAAAUACCUCGAUCUCCACCGGCUUGAACUCGCGGCCUUCUGCAACACCACUGACUGCAAGAGACGGCCUGGUGAUGCAUGACGUCGGUUUAGCCUGUUUGUCGCCUGGCUUUCAGACCCAAGAUCCUGCCAUGCGGGAACAGCUUGAACGCAGCAUUUCAGUCCGGGACCAACAACGAUCAAUCAUCCAGGCAAGACUCCUUAAAUCCGCUCGAGGCGAUGCGCCCGAGUCUGGAAAGCCUGGUGAAGGAGCUGGCCCAACCUCGAGCAAGAGCACCGUAAAUGGUUCGAAGAAGAGACCCCCACCAGGUUUAUCGAUUGUCCCCCCUCCCGCCGAACGAUUUGCCAACGAAAGGGUCAUACAAUCCGCACCAUUGAAUCAGACCUUCACCGGUCGACAUGACCCUCCUCCUAUGUCGAGGCAGAUUAACAACCAAACACCCAACCUGGCGCAAAACUCACAUAUUCAUCAUGUGCCUGCUAUGCAGACAACGAACCGGUUGCCUCCUAUUGCCGAUGUCUUCGGGGCUAACGAAUUGCAUCCGGGCGCUAGUCGACCGCCUUUCCUUCACGCAAGCUCAACUUCGUCUCAAAGCCAUGGUCCUCCCCUGCCAUCGCCAGGAUUCGCUCCGCAAACAGCUCACCCGGCGUCUCAGCAUCAAUCACAUAAUUUCGACCGCCCAAGAGAAUAUCGAUCGGCGGAAGAAGCAGUGCAUGAGUUGACCGGGGGCCGGGAGGAGCUGUUGCCGAAAAUCGUUCACUAUGGUGGUCACCAACCCCCUACACCUCCUUCACCUCGCGUUGGGCAUAAAGACAGUCUGACUCCGCAUAAAUACCAACCCAGCAUGCAAUCCACAAGCAGGAGGAGAAGUCGCAACGAGUAUGAAGAUGGCAGCAGUCCCCCGCUCGGUCCAGGCCCCGAUCGAAUUCGUUACAACGGACCUUUUGGGGAGGGAAGGGACAGCCCGGCUACUCAGAGAGCAAAGAAGGAGGAGUUCUUGAGCCUGUGCUCGAGAGCCUGGGACUUGUUCCACUCCUGA